AUGUCGGACGAUAUUCCCGCGUUAUUGACUGAGAUUUUAGCCUGCAAAGUUCCGAAGGAGGCCACCGAGAAAUUUGCCAACUUACUCAAGAUUGUUUCUCAAACAAGUGGUGAUGUAUUAUUGCAGCACGUGAAUCACAUUGUUCUUGAGAUCUCACAAGAAUCCGUCACCGUUAUUGUGACCAAAAAACUUUGUGAUGAAUUGAUUAGCUGUGUCAGUCGUAUACAAGAUGAUCAGUUGGCUAUGGAUGCACUCCAACUCAUUCUCAAUCGAAUGUUAUCACGAAACAUUGCUUUCGAAUCGCAGAUUGUGGAACUUCGUGACCAGCUGUCUCGGAGGCUCGAGUCAAUGGGUCGUCUCCGAGAGGCUGCUUCCGUUCUGUCCGAGAUUCCACUUGAAAGUGGACAGCGCACUUAUUCCGUGAACUACAAGAUGGAAAUUUACCUCAGAAUAGCAGAGUACUAUUUGAAGAUGCGAGAAGUUCCCGAAGCUGAGGCCUACAUCAAUCGAGCCUCACUGCUCCAACCGGAAUGUCAAGACCAAUAUUUGUUGCUGCGGUACAAAACCGCAUACACCCACUUGCUCGACUUUAAGCACAAAUUCCUCGAGGCCGGGCAACGCUAUGCGGAACUGUCUAUCCGAUUUCCAUGGUUGGAUGAGUCUGAGCGCUUGGCAUUUCUGGAGCGUGCUCUCGCCGCUGCUCUUCUUGCUGGCGCUGGACACCAACGCACUCGUCUUUUGGCCACGUUGUAUAAGGAUGAACGAUGCCAAAGUUUCGAGGCGUAUCCUUUGUUAGAAAAGAUGUACAGGGGUCGCCUGAUCGAUUGUUCGUCUCUGCGCAGUUUGCAAUCUCUAUUCGAGAAGUUUUACCCCCACUUACUGGAGUCCACCUCAUCUACUUUUGCAGAAAAACCGCCCAGUGGCUCCAGCAUUCUCACUGGUGGCCAGUCUGUGCAGCAUCUUCUGAAGCGCGCAGUCGUUGAACAUAACAUGAUCGCAGCAAGCCUGAUUUACAACAAUAUUAGCCUGGCUAAUUUGGGCGAUUUGUUGGAAAUUUCUGCAGAAGAACUAACUCAAGUCGUGAGCGUUUUCAGCUAG